UCACACUCCAGUCACACCAUGAGGUGGGUAGAGUUCAUAGUUCAGUGUUGACCGACAAAGCCAUCUUUUUUUCCUGUUCUCCUUUAGUAUCCUGCAGCAGCGUCUGCACUGGCUUACUCAGAGGACGGCCAACUGCUGGCAGUUGGUCACAGGAAUGGACAAAUACAGAUUUGGAGAGCUUACACAGGACAUAAAGACUAAUAAACAUUCCACUUUAAAUUUUUUAUUGUCCCUUGGAUUUCUUUUUGUGUCUAUAUCACUGCUUACACUGCCCUACACUCUGUACACUGCACUGCAAAUUUGUUUUUCACAUGGUACAUUUGCAUGCAUCAUGGACAUUGCACUGACU